AUGAUUACAUUUUUGCACUCUCAUGAUUACCCGUUCUCUGUAUUGCAGUUCGCAGUUGGCUAUCAGAGGAUGAAAGGAAAACGGUGUCUCUUUCCCUUUGGGCUUCACUGUACUGGAAUGCCCAUAAAGGCGAGUUCGGACAAGCUGAAGAGGGAGGUCGAGGAUUUCGGAUGUCCACCAAAUUUCCCCGAGGAAGAAGUUCAAGAGGAGGUCCAGGUCCAAGAAGUGACGAUCAAGGAUAAGUCGAAGGGAAAGAAGAGCAAAGCAGCUGCCAAGACCGGUGGGAUGAAGUACCAGUGGCAGAUCAUGCGAAGUCUCGGCAUUGAAGAUGAGGAAAUUAAGAAGUUCACCGACGAAGAUUAUUGGCUCAACUACUUCCCGCCACACUGCGUAGCGGAUCUUAAGCGUGUAGGUCUCCACGUUGACUGGAGACGUUCCUUCAUCACCACCGACCGCAAUCCCUACUAUGACUCAUUCGUGCGCUGGCAGUUCAUCCGUUUGAAGGAGAGGGGGAAGGUCCAAUUCGGAAAGAGAUACACAAUUUUCUCACCAAAGGAUGGCCAGCCUUGCAUGGACCAUGACAGGUCAACUGGGGAAGGAGUCGGACCUCAAGAGUACACCCUGAUCAAGAUGCAGGUCCAGGAACUCAAGGGAAAGCUAGCGGCUCUUGCCUCCAAGAAGGUCUACCUGGUUGCAGCAACCCUCAGGCCAGAAACCAUGUAUGGUCAAACAAACUGUUGGCUUGGGCCAGACUUGACCUACGUAGCUGUAGAGACCAAAGACAAGGAGGUUUUGGUAUGUACAAGACGUGCAGCUAGGAAUAUGGCUUUCCAGGGCAUGUUGAGUGUGGAGAAUGAAGUGAAAACCAUUCUGGAAAUGAAGGGUCAUGAAAUCAUGGGAAUCAAGCUCAGUGCCCCCCUCACCAGCUACAAAACCAUCUAUACCCUUCCUAUGCUGACGGUUAAGGAGGAAAAAGGCACAGGGGUGGUUACUUCCGUGCCAUCGGAUGCUCCAGAUGACUUUGCAGCUCUCAUGGAUUUGAAGAACAAACCAGCUCUGCGGGAGAAGUACAACAUCACCGAAGAAAUGGUUAAUGUAGAGCCAGUUCCAAUCAUUGAUGUCCCAGAGUAUGGAACACUAAGUGCACCAUCCAUCUGCCAAACGAUGGGAAUCAAGUCCCAGAACGAUCGUGAUAAAUUGGUCGAAGCCAAGGAAAAGGUGUAUCUACGUGGCUUUUAUGAAGGUACCCUGUUGGUUGGGGACUUCAAGGGGAAGAAGGUACAAGAUGUGAAGAAAAGUAUUCAAGAUAUGUUGAUUAAAAAGAAGGAGGCCAUGAUCUACCAAGAGCCAGAAAAGCAGAUCAUUUCUCGCUCAGGGGAUGAAUGUGUCGUAGCGCUGUGUGAUCAGUGGUACCUAGACUAUGGUGAACCAAAAUGGCGUGCCGAGGCUCAGAAAAACCUUGAUUCAAUGGAGACUUAUCAUGAAGAGGUACGGCGCAAUUUUGAAGCCACUUUGGGAUGGCUGAAAGGCCAUGCUUGUUCCAGGACAUAUGGACUGGGCACAAGGCUUCCCUGGGAUGAGACGUGGCUGAUUGAGUCCUUGUCUGAUUCCACCAUAUACAUGGCUUACUAUACUGUUGCUCACAUGCUUCAUAAAGACCUGUACGGCAAGGCUGGCAACGACUAUGGGAUCAAGCCCGAGUACAUGACACCUGAAAUUUGGGAUUAUGUGUUCCACCAGACUUGCAAGCCUCCACAAUCCCCAAUCAAGAGAGAAGUUCUUGAUAAAAUGAGGCACGAGUUUGGUUAUUGGUAUCCAGUUGACUUGAGAGUGUCAGGAAAGGAUCUGGUUCCCAACCAUCUGACAUACUUCCUCUACAACCACACAGCGAUGUGGCCAACACAGCCCAACAACUGGCCCAAAGGAGUUCGAGCUAAUGGACAUCUGCUCCUUAAUUCAGAGAAGAUGUCAAAGUCGACUGGAAAUUUCCUCACUUUGACUGAUGCCCUUGAUCGCUAUGGUGCUGAUGGUAUGAGACUGGCUCUUGCCAACUCUGGAGAUUCCGUUGAAGAUGCCAAUUUCGAGACACAGGUCGCAGAUUCUGGAGUCCUCAGGCUUUGGACAUUCGUAGAAUUGUCAAAGGAACUUAUGGCUGAGAAGAAUACAAUGCGUCUUGGUCCGUACACAGUUAACGAUAUCAUGUUCACAGCUGAAAUGAACUUGAAGAUUAGAGAAACUGAUGAUUACUACAAGAGCAUGAUGUUCAAGGAAGCCCUGAGAACUGGAUUCUUUGAGUACAGUAACUUCUUCCAUCAAUAUCGUGAGCGUGCGCAAGUUCAGACUGGGAUGCACUGGGAACUUGUUAAUCGUUAUCUUACAACCCAAGUGCAACUCCUAGCCCCAAUUUGCCCACAUGUCUGUGAUCAUGUUUGGAUGAACAUUCUUGGAAACCCUAAGUCUAUCCUACAUGCUCAGUGGCCUUCUUCAGAGGAACCUAACCUUACACUUGUCAAGGCAUCAGAGUACCUUGCUGAUGCCUCACACAGGUUCCGUCUCCGCCUCAAGUCCCACAUGACUCCAGCAAAGGCCAAGAAAGGGGAGACAGCAGCUGUUCCCGAGCAACCUUCCCAUGGCACCAUCUGGGUUGCAAAAACUUUCCCCAAGUGGCAGAGCAUCAUCUUGACAACAAUGCAUGGUCUUUACAAAGCUAAUGGAGAUAAGUUGCCUGAUAACAAGGAAAUCUCAAAAGCUUUGGGAGCCAAUGCUGAGCUGAAGAAGUACAUGAAGAAGGCCAUGCCCUUCGCACAAGCAGCCCGAGAAAGAAUGAACACUCUGGGAGAAAAGGCUUUGAAGGACACGGUGGAGUUCAACGAGCGAGAUAUCCUGGAGGAAAAUAUUGACUUCCUGCGUGGUACUCUAGACCUCGAAGGACUGGAAUUGCGCUGGACAGAAGAGUGUGACAAUGAACGCACCAAGGAAGAGGUAGUGCCUGGGGAACCUUAUUUGACCUUUUCGGUGGCCCCAAAUGUUGCCAUGUCUCUGGUCAAUCCCCAGCCUCAUCUAGGACUGUUCAAUUGCAAAGUUCCUAUCUAUGACAACGACACACCAGCAUCUGUAGCCAGCCGUCUAAAACGAUUGGAGCGCGGAGUGAAACCCUCCAUGAAGGUCGUUUUCUACCGGUACAAGGAUCCCCUUCUCGGCCCACGGAUGCUUCCAUCUCCGACAACCAUCGCACAGAUAACAGAGGAACUAAAAGAAAAUGUGGUCUUCAGUCUCAAAGAAAACAGCGUCCAUUUCACAAGUAAUGGCACUUCAUCGUUCUUAGGAGCAAGUGUUAUAUAUAUGGUAGAGUAAUAUUAUGUUUGUACUAUCUUCAGAAGAAUAAACAUCUGGAUAUUUUUGUCCCAAUACAAAGCAGUUUAUUUGAGCUAAAGUGGAAGUUUGAUAAAUUGGUUUGGGUUGAUAUUGUUUAUUUAUAUAAUAUAGUAUAUGCUAUUGAUUUGUAAAAAGGCUAGAUUCUCUAAUGAAAUAAAUUUGUGUGGAUACAGAGGGGUUAACUUUUGAGAAUUUAUUAUAAUAGACUACUGCUUUAAUCAAAUUCAUAGGAGAAUGUAAGAAAAAUGUUAUUUAUAAAGCUUUGGCUUUUUAAUUGUAAUUAUAAAGACGAAUUUCAUGCAAUAUGAUGUUUGGUACUACUCAGAACAUGAAUCAUAGGUGAACAUUACCAGUUAUUUAUACUUGUAUUUAAGUAAGAGCAGGUGUCUUAUUUAUAAUUAUUUUAUACAAGAAAUGCAAAUAUAUACAAAAAAAAAAUGUGUGUCCCUAGGAAAAUGUGUACUAUUACAAAAUUCUUGUUAUAAUUACAGAUAUUUUAUUAUUUUCUACUUAAAUUAUGGUAAUAAUCUCAAAGCAAUAUUUUCUGCAAAUACAAGUUGUUUACAUAUUGUAUGUUUGCAUAACGAUGCAGAUCAGUUUGUAGUAACGCGAGAAAUGGGAUUUCAUUUAUUUAUUUUUAUUGGGUGGAGUUUCUUUAUCAACAUGGUUAAUGUCUGUAAUAAUACAAACAUUGAAAUAAUAAAAGGAAAGCACACUGA